AGACCGAUGCAGGCCCAAACUUUGCGAAAUCUCCAAGUUUCCACCUCAGGCCAAACUUUGUGAAAUCUGAUGAUUAGUGUUGAUUUCUUUGAGCGUCUCAGGACAUGAAUUCGAAUGAAGUGGAAUAUAAUUAGAAUUUUCUGGAUAUGAGUAAUUUCAAAUUUUGAAAUUUCAAGAAAUGGCGACGUUAUUUUCUGGAAUGCCGUUGCUGCUGCCGCGGUAAACCGAUAUUGUUACAACACGUUACACUGGUCCAUCGUCGCGUAGCCUCGUGCUGCUGAUGAUACUCACUUGUGUUGCUGAAAGACUACACGAUAAAACAGGCGUUCGGUAGCCUUCGGACCGGUUCUCGUUGAGCAAGUGAGUAGUACGCAAGCGAUCUGUAGUACAUGAAGUCAAGCAGCCUCUAUCUUCGCAGCGAGAAAAGCAGAUAUAGUCUCCCGUAGUGGUCGUGUAAGCUACUCUUGUUUCGGAGUACAACGUCUUCUAAGGACAGGAAAGGAUACUGGUGAACAGCCUUCGCGUUUUGGUUCUCCUCAACCGAACAUCUAUAGCCAGGAGUUUACAUCACACAGUAGCAUACAGCAUCAGCCAAAAUGCCGAGCAAGGAGAAGGAAGAAAAGGAGCCUGGCAAGGAGAAGGCCAAGCACGAGAAGUGGGAGGGCAAACAAAAAGAGGACUGGGACACUUCUAGAGGUGGAGACUCGUCUUCGAAGCACAAGUCUAGCAAGCAAGACUGGGGAGACUCUACUAAGCAGAAGAGUUCUAGUUCAUGGGACAUGAGGCAAGUGCUCAUGGUAGCGGAAAAGCCAACGAUCGCGGAAGCAAUAGCGACCGCUUUGGCGGCAAAUCCGAAGGACAUACAGAAAUCUAAGAGAAUUUCGCCAGUAUGUCCUAUCUUCGAGUUCGAAGGAUAUGCGCCUUUUAUCAAGAAGGGAAGGGAAAAGGUAUUUUGCUACUCGCUACAUUGGAACUAUUGCUGACUAGAGUAUAGUACUUAAAUCUUCUGUUGUCGUGUUUCCCAGUUCUUCUCUCACGCUUACCAGUUAUUGCUGACGUUUUACUUCAAUGUAGUAUGAAAAAUAGUGUGAAAGUGGUACUUGAGAACGACUCACCGAGGAUCUUCACCUCUUCCCUCUCCAGGUCUGGAUGAAAGUUACCUCCACUGUCGGCCAUAUCUACGGUCUAGAGUUCCAGAAGCAAUACCUCGACUGGAAAACAGUAGCUCCCGUAGACCUUUUCGAUGCGGGGACCGAGCAAUUAGAGGCAAAAGGCUCUAACAAAGUGCCUGGUCAUCUCCGACAAGAGGCCAAGUAUUGCUCACAUUUGGUGUUGUGGUUGGAUUGCGAUAGAGAGGGCGAAAACAUCUGCUUCGAAGUUAUGAAGUCCGCGUGUUGCAGUGAAAAGGAGAAAGAGGAGGGGAGCAGUACUACCUAUGUUUUACUUUUUUGCCUGUUUUUUGAUCGUAGAGCUAGACUUCUUGUUCCUGUAUGAGAUAUAGAUUAUCACUUGGGUACAACUUGAUGUCUCCAGAACUUGAUGUCUCCAGAUCUACAGAUUAUCACUUGAUGUCUCCAGAAGGAUCCAUGAUUGACCAUUGACCUCAAAUCACAGAGCUGAUCCCCCGAAAAAACGCUUUCCGAGCUCUCUUUUCCGCUCUAGACGCGAAGAGCUUAGAAAAAGCCUUUUGGGAACUCAAUUACGAUGGGCCCAACAAGAAUGAGAGCGAUGCCGUGGACGCACGACAAGAGAUGGACUUGAAAGUGGGGGUAGCGUGGACAAGAUACCAAACCAUGUUUUAUCAGGGUCGCUACAGGGAUUUAGACGCAAAGCUCCUUAGUUACGGACCGUGCCAGACGCCAACGCUUUGGUAUUGUUAACAUUUUUUCUCCGGGUUGGUUUCCCAAGGUGUAGAGUUUUGAACAAAUCUAGUAUCUUCUGUUACUGUCACGAAAAAUGGUUGUUGCAAAUGGUCUUUGCGGUGUUCUGUCGCUUUGCCUUUUAUUAAAGGAACAUUAAAUCGGGAGGCUUGAUAGUGUAAGUAGUUCCGAGACGUCUUUGCUUAAAAUCUUGGACUUAUCAGGUUUCCGUCCAACGGCAGGACCAGAUCAAAGCUCUAUCCAAACCAAACCACUCAGGUUUUGCGUCCAACGGCACGACCAGAUCAAGGCUUUUAAGCCAGAGAAGUUUUGGGUGAUGGUGUUGAAGAUUAAAGUGAGGUCUUUGCUAGAGGAAGUGAAGAAAUUCACCAAAGCUUUAGACCCUGACUGCAAGCAGCCGAAGAGUCAACUCUUGAAGAAGAAGUUUGACAGUUUUACCCAACGUCAGCAAGAGCAGCAGGCCAGGUCAAAUGGUCUUGCCUCUUCUAUGCCUGAUGAAACCUUGGAGAUCGAAUGGACGCGAGGGCCGAUUUUUAAUUAUGAGGCAAUGACAGGCAUGAAGCAAAUGCUGGUGGCAGGAGCUUCCUCUUCUAGCAGUAGUGGAGCGGGAUCGAAUGCGACGUCUUCUGCUCUUAAGGCACAACUCUUCCCUAAAAAUCAACAUGAUUUCGCUCACAACUACUUACAUCAAGUGAUCUUUCAACUACAAUCAGCAGAAUAAGACUCUCUGACAGGAGUACAACUUCAGUGCUUCUCCUCGUGUGAAAUUUUUAUUCUUAUAUUAUAUACUAGAAUUAGAAAGUCAAUUAUGAGACAACAUUUCCAAAGCCCCCUCAUCUCUAAUUAUACAACUGGUCUGCACGAGUUCCGACUUGAAGUGACAAAGCAGGCGUCGAAGGAGAUGCGGUAUGAGAGGCCGCAGGGCAUGAACACGGUGACCAUGCUGAAACUUGCGAGUUCGAAUCUAGGUAUAGGUCCUCAGGAAGCCAUGAGGGAAGCUGAGCACUUGUACCUGCGAGGAUAUUUGACUUACCCGCGUACAGAAACUACGGCCUAUCCAAAGACGCUUGACCUGGAUGGGCUGCUUCGAGCGCAGACCACAAAUCCAGUGUGGGGCUCGCAAGCAAAAGACCUAGUUACCAGAGGACGAAAGGCACCGAGAAAAGGUGAUAAUAUUCAUACUAGAUACGGGAUUGCGCAUCUUGCGACAUGGCUUGAGUAUAUUUCCGGGGCGGGUGCCGGCGCGCUGCAUGCGGCAGCUGCUCGGUGCUGACGAAUGGCCACCUUACGACCGGGGGGGCCUGAAGUGCCUGGCGGCGCCGUGGCCGCCCUUCUCUUAGCUCGGGCAACGACCUCAGCGCGCCGAGCCGUGUGCUGCGGCUGCUGCGUGCUGUUCCACCUGAGUGCCCCGAGGGAGUUGCGAGCACCGCGGAGGCGUCUUGCGCGUUGUGUCCCGCUGAAGCCUGGGCCGCUGAAGGCGCCGAGCGCAAGUUUCUUCCGGGUUGGUUCCUCGGGGCUGUGCCGGUGUAAUUUCCGCCACCGGCUGCCGACGGGGAUUGGCCGGGUACGUUUGCGGGCCCCCCGGCCGCUGUUGCUUGUCGGUGUCCAACAAUAGAAAGCACAGCGAAGAACCGGGCGGCCCAGGCUGGGGCCAUGAGUGUUGCGUGAUGUCUCCAAAAACUACGGGGGCCACCUCCUGACCCAGAGACGAGCACCCACGCGCAAAAAGCCGGCAGCAGAGGCCAGGCGGCAGCGGUGGCACGGCUGGCAAGUGCUUCGGGCGCUGUGCCGGUCUUGUUGCUCUGCUUUUUCACUGGGAGGCUAAGGGCUGCCCGGGUUUUAUGCGCCAGCAGUACGGCGACAAGUGUAAAAGCUUGCCCAAGCUACACAGAUGCAACAGCAGAGCUGUCGAAGGGGAAGACGCGGGAAGCGCGUCCAGGCAACGCAUAAGCGAAGGCGCCGAAGGAGUGCGCGCAACCGGCUCGGCCGGGAAUGAUGCGGGGCCCGCAGACUGGCCAAAUUUCUUACGAAGUCCGUGCCGCUGGCGCUGUCGCUAGUCGUGUCCCGGACGCGACAACGACGAAGAAAACAAGGGCAGGCGCCUCCCCCCGAGCUGUUACGAGCCCAGCUGAGUGACAACAAAUGGCGGGGAAUGCGCGCCGACGCAGGUGCCCCGCAGCAAGCUACAAACCCACAACGUGCCCGAUGUGGAGCGCAAAGACCAUACUUCUGAGGCCGACGUGGGCAGAUGCUUCGACGAGACCGGGAAAAUUGCGGAAGACGUGCCGCACAAUGGAACUGGAAACCCAGCGGCGCUCGACAGGAGCGCCAGGGAAUUGAUAGAGGCGCCGCUGGGUCAUGCUACACUGGAACAAUGUUGCGCGCAGUUGAGCGGGGGCGUGAUGCUGGCAGCGGCGCGCGCGUGGCAGUGCGAGAGCGCCCCAAAGUUCCAGACGUUGCGCCAGGCCGAGCAGAGUGGCCGCCGGUAAGCGAAUGGCUUGCCGUAACAGGCUGCAAAAGCAAGGACGCCGCCAAGCUCCGCGCUUGUUGGGGGGCUAAGGGUUAUCCGCCUGGUGCCCAAUCACUUCGCACCCACGCCCCUACUCUUCAACGCGGCGCCUUGCCCUUUAGACUGGCUGGGGGAGGUGGGUGGCCCCUCUCCUCUGCCGGUGUAGGUAGGUCCCACUGUUUAACUACACGCCUGGGGGCCUAGAUGCGGUUCUGUCAGGUCCUUUGGCUUGGGUUUGCCAUGCCUCUCGUCCCUCCUUCCCUUUCCCCCUUUUCUACUCUCAUUUGCUUUUUAGUUGGCUCUUUUCCACGCUAUAUUUCAUUUGCUCUUACGCCUGUUCUCGUCCUCGUUACAACUCAAUUCGUUUAAUGCCUUUUUUUGUAUCGCGAGCGAGUUCUGUAAAGAACCCCCUCCGCCUAACCUGUAAUAGUUUUUUGCUACUUUCUACUCCUCAUCAUGAUACACUAUCUAAUACUUGUGCCUGCUUUAGUUCCCCGUCUCACUUCAUAUCACAUAGCUCUAAGUAAUAUUGCCGCCUCGACUUCUUUCUGGUGUGUGAAUUUGUAUUUUUCAACGAUUACUGGUGUGUGAAAAUUUUUCAUCCAAUGACUACUAACUCAGGUUUCGACGCUGGCGAUCACCCUCCUCUAACACCAACGCUUCAAGUCCCCAGCUCUGUCGAAGAAUUAGGCGGAACUCGCGCGUGGCGUGUCUACGAGUUGGUUUGUCGAAAUUUUAUGGCCAGUAUUAGCAGUGAUCUCCUUUUCCUCAGUGCAAAACUUCAGCUCUCGUUGUAUAGCGCACAGGCGUUGCAGUCAACACCGAGUGGCAAUACAGAUGAAAUGCCGAAAUUUCAUUUCACUUUAUCGGACAAAAAACUCCAAGACCCUGGAUUCCAGAGAGUCAUGAAACGUACUUUUUCAUUGUUUGGGUGUGACCAAUUUACAACUGAGAAAUGAAUACUUCGCUAAGAAUCCUGAUCUUCAAAAGGAUUUCUUUAGUUCUACCUUAGAAGAAUGAUGAAUCGAAGUUCAAACUUUUUUUUUCUCCUCCAACCACCACCCACAUACUAUCAAUUACAUUUCUCUUCUCCCAACUACAGCAAACUUCGACGAAGAGGCGUAUCGACUUGAGUUUAACAAUGGCACUCCCUACGACAUAGGAGACCAUUUGAACUUGUACGACCGCUAUAGAAUGCGCUACAAUCCUAGUAUUGACGAUGAUAUGCACCGUCGAAGCGGAAGAAAGCGAAUCGAAAACGAUAUCAUACUAGAGUUGAAGGAGCAAGAGACCAGUGCGCCAGACUACUUAACGGAAUCAGACUUAUUAGGGCUGAUGGAUGCGAAUGGGAUAGGUACUGUUUAGAGGUACAAGUAGAGGUUUAAUGAAAAUCAAUGUAAGAUAAAGUCAGAUUCCUGUUAUAUUCAAUCGUUUUCAACAAGAGUUCUCUUGUGGCAAUAUCAGGAGAAGGUAAAAACCAAGCAAACAACAUGGAAAACCGUCUCUCGAGCUCGCCCACACCUAAAACCAAACAGGUACCGACGCCUCCAUGGCAAAUCAUAUCAAUACGAUCUGUGAGCGCAAUUAUGUCGACAUUGCUGGCGGUCGUAAGCUUGUGCCGACAAAGGUCGGCAUCUCCCUCGUACACGGUUAUUCCUUAGUGGACAAUGAACUCUGUGUACCGAAGAUGCGACAGGACAUGGAAGCUGCUUGUACCUUAAUCGCAAAAGGCGAAGCCAAGAGGAAGGACGUAGUCGCACACAUGCUCAACACCUACAAGUCGAAGUUCGCGUUUUUUACCGAACACCAAGAAAACCUUAUGGACCAACUCUUUCAGAAGGAGUACGAACUAGCAGUGCCAGGCAGUAUUAUUGGCUCUUCAGCGGACAAGAUGGGCAAAGGCGGCAAAGCAGCGAUACCAUCAACAGACGAGUUGCGAGAGUUGCAAAGGUUGGGCUUGGAUAAAGGCGAUUUUGGUGGGAAGUUGGGGGAGAAGGGGAAAGGUAGUUUUCAUUGUUUUUACCUUUUCAGUCUCUGAUGCAAUCGUUUAGUAUCACUUCUGACAAGGAAGUCACUUGUUGAGGGUCGUAACCCUAACCCAUCCCCAUCUGACGUGUUUAGUCGCGAGUAUCACUUCUGACAAUCAAAAAGUGUUUAAUCACGAAGCUUUUUCCUACCUCUCACUUCCCGUUACUUCUUUUAUGUACCCAUCAGGCGGCAAAAGUAAGGGCAAAGGCAAGAGCCGUGGCAAGGACGAGGAGGGCAAAGGCAAGGGCAAAGGGCGCAAAAAAGGCAGAGACGACGAGGACUUUGUAGGUAGAGAUGAACAGCAAUAUCUAGUCCAGUCUGGCGGCUACAACGCCAUGGCUACUGCAUCCACAGGCAGCACAGGAGGUGGCGGAAUCGUUAUUGUCUCCGCGAAGGAAAAGAAGAUCAAGGAGUUGGAGAAGAAAAUCAAAGAGAUCACACGUCUAGAGCAAGAUGCCGAAGACGGCAAAAAGGUGCUAGAUGCAGCACAGAAGAAGAAGAUUGACAGCAAAGCAGGACUGCAAGACGAACUGAAGCAGUUGUUGAAUAAGUUCUCCAACUAGACGAAGAGGACCAUGCCAUCUUCCCCAAUACUAGAUGGGUACGGGUAGUCCUCCAACAACUUCUAAAAAGCUGCUUCUAUUUAGGAAUAUACUUCUGCGUCCAUCUUCUCCGAUAUCAAACGCAAAAACGUCAUCUCAUCUGCGGUGGAGGGGAAUUUCGAAGAAGUUGCAGCUCCUCUAGCAGAAUAAUGCGGGAAGCGGGAAGCACGAUGACGGGCUCGUGUGAAGGAAAAAGUAGUCCUUUGUGUCAUAACAAGGGGAUACUUGUUGUAGGAUGAAAGAAAAGUAUUUACACUAUAGGCUAACUAUGCUUCGUUUAAUAAACUCUGUCAUUGAAGAGCAGUCUCUGGCUGAUAACUGGACACUAUGUAGAUCAUGCUGCGCGGGUAUUCCCAUCGUAGUAAACGCAAGAUUUGUAAUCUAUUCACCUGGUGACCGGUUUUAGACCAGUAUCCCUAGGUCGGAGCGAGUCAAAAAACCCUAGGUCAUCAACUAAUAGUAGUAGUUUUUCUUUUGUGAUAAUCUACGUAAAACUAAUUUUCUUUGUACUCUGUUGAAUCUCGAAGUUGUUUCUACGCAUGAUAAGUACAUUUUAGGAAUUCAUUUUCAUAUCUCUGUACUUUAUUCAUAUUAUUUUUGUAGUAGUAGUUGUACGUGCUGAUCAUGUCGUCUAACCAUAUUCUCCAUAUUGUUAGAAACCCCUCCCGAGCCCGUAUGAACAACCUCCAUAGCUUCAUGCUAUGCUAAUGUUUCGUUUAUGUCCCCGCUCACUCGUGUCCGUGGCUCGGGAUGUAAUCAAAACUGACGCAUUAGUAUGCUGUACCUGUACCAUAAAAACAUGAAGAAGUGUGUCAAGAAGGUGGUGUAUCAACAUGUGAUGUGGGAGAAAGUUUCAACCUAUCAUGGCAAUCCUCGCUGGUACAACGAGCCGUGUCGGCCCUUGCUG